AUGGGGGAGCUGCUCCUGGCCCACCUGGCUGGCCAACCGGGGCAGGAGAAGUGGGCCGCUUCGUUCUUCUCCACCACGCGCCUGACCGAAUACCUCGUCGACACGUGCCCUCGUGCGAGAUGCGAGGAGGAGGAGGAGGAGGAGGGGGGAGAGGAGGGGGUGAGGAGGAAGGGCUUGUUGACGCACAGCCUCGACAAGGUGGUUCACCUCCUGUGCCUCGCGCUCACCCUCAAGGGCAAAAGCGACCCCGUGGGCGUGCUCCGAGACAGCAACGCCUUGCACUCCUACCUCUCACCUCUCCUGCGGAAAUUCGCCUCGCCACUGCUGCAGGUUGCACUUGCCCAGCUGUUGGUGUGCGUGCCCAGCGCUCGCCCUCCCGCAGUAGAUGUGCCGCAGGUGGUGCUCGGCUGGCUGACGGGAGUGGGAGUCGAGGACGAUGUUGCCGAACACGCGGAUGGCGGGAGUGAAGCGGCGCGUGCUUAUGACACGCGAGUGGGACUGCUCACUACCCUCCUCCUGCACACGUGCAAUGGCCGUGAGGACAAAAUCCUGGCCCUCCUCGUGCAGGUGUUCAUCCACUUGGCCAAGCCUGCAUCCGGGUCGAGCGGGGGUAUCCCUUCAUUCGCCCUCGCUGCGGUCCUACAGAACGUGCCCUCCUCGUACAUCGCUCGUUCGCACCUACGCUGGGCCGGCACCCUACGGGCGGCCAGCCUCAUCGCGCAUCCCGCUUCGGGGGCCAAGGAUGCAGAAGUGGAGCUCGCCUUGGUCCACCUCAUCAGCUGGCCCCUCUCCCACCGCCUCGGGGAUUGGGUGAUCGGCCUGCUGGGCGCAUUGGCCGAGGCGAAGCGCUAUUCCGUGGUGGCCUCCCUGACAGCCAAGUCAGCACACAUUGCCGUGAACCAGAUGUUCGUGCCCGAACUGCGCGUGGGCGCCCUCCGUGUGCUGCGCCACCUCCUAUUGGGCUAUCAGCACAGCCCCACCAUAUUCCACGCUCUCCUUCCGGACUUGACGAAGCUGGUGGCCGCCCUCGCCGAACAACCAGGCGGCACCACUGGCGGCAGCAGCAGCAGCAGCAGCAGCAGCUCGGCUUCCUCCGCAGACAGCCACCACAAUCGUCGGCCGCGAGAGGAAGCCGAGGCGCCGACCGAGAAAGAGGAGAGGCUGUCUCUCGGCAGUGCGGGCUGGGAGGCGGCCGUGGCACGCCAAGGGCAACAGGCAGCCGACCCCGCGCUCUCCCAAGUGUACGCCGCGCAGAUCGUUCCGCGCCGCGUCAUCUCUGCCCUCCUCACGCUCUUCGACUCCGCUUCCACCACACAUCCCCCGUGGUGCCCUUAUGUGGGGGCGGGCCUCGCGGAGCUGCUGCACGUGCUGAUGCUCCACUACACGGGCUAUCCGGAGCUUGAGGCUGAUGCACGCAAACUAAUAUCGCAGCACCAGUGGACGACAGCCGAGGGGGUGUACAAGGAGGUGGGCAACGUCCUCCCCAGAACGGGAGCCCGCGGCAGGACUGGACUUGUCAACCUGGGCAACACCUGCUACCUCAACUCCGCUUUGCAGGCCCUGUUCAUGACUGACAGUCUGCGGGAUGCGUUGGCUGCGCUCAACCUCCCCCUCCGCCCCUCCGAUGCUGCUCACGCGCUUGCCGCUUGCCCCACUGCGACCCAGCUGCAAAGAGUGUUCGCAUAUCUUUUGCGAUCGGCGCGCGGGGCCUACGCCCCCAAGCUGUUGCGAGCCGCGCUGCCGGGGUACUACCAGGAGCCCAUCCAACACGAUGCGUCUGAAUUCUUAAAGUACCUGCUGGACCAGCUCGAGACCGAGCUGGGGGCGACCCCGCAGAAGGCACUCGUGUCACGCAGCUUCGGUGGCACCCUCACCAACCGCAUCAUUUGCUCCUCCUGUGGCCACCAGUCCCCAACCAAGGAAGCCUUCACCGACCUGGCACUUCCCUUCGACACUACUGAUGAGGCCGCGCCCACUGAUCUGGCCGCCAUGCUCCGGAGCUUCUUGCGCGCGGAGCUGCUCGAAGGCUCCAACCGCUACGCGUGUCCCCGCUGCGACGCCCUCCGCGACGCCCGCAAGGAAGUGGCGGUGACGUCCCCGCCGGAGCACCUGGUGCUCACCCUGAAGCGGUUCAGCUACGACUACAAGACCGGCCGGCGCGCCAAAAUCCUCACGCCCGUCCGCUACCCCCUCUCGUUCAGCCUCCCCGUGCUCGACCACGACGCGUUGGCGGCGGGGGUGGAGACGGUGACCGAGGUGCCGUACCAGCUCUACGGCGUGGUCAUGCACAGCGGACGAUCCGCCCACCAUGGGCACUACUACGCCUAUGCUCGGCCCGCCCACGCCCCUCUCGCACGAAAGGAAGGGCCGGAUGAGGACAGCGGGGACCACCGCCACCUCGAGGGGAGGAGGGAGGAGGAGGAGGAGCGGUGGUACCUGUUCAACGACUCGCUCGUGCAGAAGUCGAGCUACCGGGCGUUCUCAGCCAUCUCCCAAAAGUUCAGCUCCGACGUGCCCUACCUCCUCUUCUACGCUCGAGCCACUCCCCACGCCCCUCGGCCCGACUCAGCCGCCGCCACAGAGGCCACGGAGGUCCUUCCGGCCCUCGCGCGCGAGGUCGAGGCCGACAACGCCCGAUUCCUGGCCGAGGAGGAGGCUGCCGCGAGACGCGCCGCCCAGAUCAAGAAAAGCCGAUACGCCUACGCACGCACCUCCUCCCCCUUCUACCGAUUCGACGAGGACGACGAGGACGAGUGGGGCGGGCGUGGCUGCGGCGGAAAGCGCUUCGAUGACGACUUCGGCGGUGGGGCCUUCGGCGGUUUCGGACCCCAUUUCGUGUCGUGA